UCUUGGUGAGAGAGAGAGAGAGCAAACUGUGCACGGGGAGGGAGCCAGGGAGCUACAGGGAACCAGGACGCCGCUGUGUUGUUAUGCCAAAACACUCAGCUGCGGCUUGUCAUACCCAAGUGUGUAUGACAGCCUGUGUGGUGACAUGGUGGUGUCUGUGGCUGACUGUGGCAGGCAUGGAGGUCUGGGGAGGAGGAGAGGAUGGGGAAAGAGGAGGAAGAGAGGAGAGGUCCCUUCAGCAAAUCCCCUUAGGAACCUCAGGAUUUCCCUUACCUGUGGAUAUUGACCCCAUUCCUUCAGGCCCCAGAGAACAGAUCAACCAAGUGACAUCCUUCAUUGAUGGGUCGGUGAUCUACGGGUCCAGCAAGGAGGAGAGUGACGAGCUGCGUGCCUUCUCUGGCGGCCUCCUCAAGGUGCAGCGCGGCCCGGCAAACACCCAGAUCCUCAUGGCCGACACCAACCAGAUUGACUGCAAGACCUCAGGAAGAUUCAAAGCCAGGUCACGCAAGACUCGGGCAGCAGACGGCCAGCUCAAAGACAUCGAGUCAGGUUCCCCAAACAACGUACUGGAUUUGAUGGAGGUUCUGCCUAACACUGACGUCAGCGAUAUCACGGAAAUUCCUAGCGUGUUUGAGCGUGACGACCAGACACUGCCCUGCGACCACACUUUGCGUUUCCGCACAGCUACAGGGUGGUGCAAUAAUCUUAACUUCCCGUCCUUCGGCAAGUCGUUCAGGGCAAAAAGUCGACUCCUACGUCCUUCUUAUGAGGACGGUGAGUGUCUGUCUGUCUGUAUGUCUGUGUAUGUGUGUAUAUAUAUGUGUGUGUGCAUGUGUGUGUGUUGGUAUUUGGGUUAGGUCAAGAAAUUAAAUGUUUAGGUUUGAUGAAGUAAGGGAUAAAGUCAAGAGUAGAUCAGAUAGAUGUCUAUGUGUCUGUAUUAGUGUUAGGGAUAGAACAUAAAUAAUGUGUUCAGGCUUUAUAAAGUUAAGAAUCAGAGAGAAGUCAUUUCAGACAGCUAGAGGUCCCAAAGUGAUAUAGA